AACACUACAAGCCAAAAAUGUAAACAGCGAAGAAGAAGAGAUCAGCUGACUCCUUUGGGCAGCAACUGGGGAAUAGCUGUAUUUCAAAAGGAAAGGACAUGACUAACACAUGAAAAGGGAUUGUAAUUAAGCAGCUUUUUGAUAUUGUGUGGCCUUGUUGUUGGUGCAUAAACAAAGGUAAAACAAUAUGAAAGGUUUGUACUGCAGAGCCGGAGUGAGUGAUGCUGAGCCCAAAUUCGUUAUCCAGGAAACGGUUCUUCCAGAUGUUUUAGGCAGCCACCAGGUCAGAGUUCAGGUUAAGGCGUGUGGACUCAGUGCACUGGACCUCAAGCUGCUCGAUGACGUGGGGAUCCAGAGAGACUUAAUUCCUGUUGGCAGAGAGGUGGCCGGUGUCGUCCUGCAAGUCGGAGCCAAGGUGUCUUUCUUCCAGCCGCAGGAUGAGGUUGUAGGUAUCCUGCCUCUGGACUCCCCCUGCUCUGGACUCUGUGAGGUCGUUGACAUAGAUGAACAUUAUUUAGUUCAGAAGCCAGAGAAGCUCAGCCCAGUGUGUGUUGCAGGAGCGCUGCGUGACGGCCUCUCUGCGUACACUGCGCUACACACACACGCUCGCAUGGCAGCCGGACACACACUUCUGGUGAUGGAUGGAGGCAGCUCUUUUGGCCUCAUGUGCAUCCAGUUAGCUUGUUACCACGGAGUGAAGGUUUUUACGACGUCACACACACCACAAGAACACACAUUCCUGGAGCAGCUACGACCCAGCGUAGGUGUUCAGGAUCCGUUAGUAGCAAAGGUUAUCCCAGUUUAUAAAGACCAAUCAGAACUAAUGGCCCUGGUUAUGGAGGAGACGGGAGGAUUGGGAGUGGACAUCGUCAUAGACUCAGGAGUGCGUCUGCAAGAGAAAGAGUCCCAGGAGACGAAGCUCCUCCCACACAAACAUGACAUCAUCAGUGUGCUGGGUGUGGGGGGGCACUGGGUCACAUCCCAUAAAGAGCUGCAGUUGGAUCCUCCAGACUGCAGACUGCUGCAUUUAAAAUCGGCCUCUCUGACUUUCCUCAACCACGAGGUGUGGACGGCCUCCUCCGCUCAGCAGGGAAGAUACCUGCAUAUUCUCAAGGACAUGGUGGAGAAGAUGUCCACUGGAGUACUCAGACCUCAGCCUGAGGAGGCCGUCCCUCUCUAUGAAGCCACGGUCACAAUGGAGACCGUCCAGCAUCACAAGAGGAAGGCCGUUGUUCAACUCUGAACCGUUCAUGUAACAUGUUAAACACACGCUUAAACUCACAGGAAUCAUUUCGCAAUUUCAGUUUCAUCAGCUGUUUGAUAAUUAAGGGAUAAUGUACAUCCUUCAUACUAAAUAAACCAACCACCUGACUCACAA